GGCCCCGGGCUGCCUCAUAAGGACGCGUGCCAGCCCCAGAGCUCGGUGAAGGCUUCUGUACGAGGACGGGUCGUCUGGGCUUCCACCGUUGGAUACCGUGUGCCGAGGACCAUGGUCUGCUGAGAAUCCGGAGGAACUCCAAGGGGCACGAGUUUCACUCCGUUGACCGCACAGCCAGGGGUGCAGCAGGAGCAGGCCACGCCGGAGGAAGUGGGGGAGCAUUUUAAGCACAGCAACGGGGCAGCUGUGGUAGGGCAGAAAUGGAGAACGCCCAUGCCAAGACAGCGGAGGAGUGCCUGGCCUACUUUGGGGUGAGCGAGCAUACAGGCCUCUCUCAGGAGCAGGUGAAGAAGAGUCUGGAAAAAUAUGGACACAACGAACUCCCAGCUGAAGAAGGCAAAACCAUUUGGGAACUGGUGGUAGAACAAUUUGAAGACUUGCUUGUGAGAAUCCUCCUGCUGGCCGCCUGCAUCUCCUUUGUGCUGGCCUGGUUUGAGGAAGGCGAGGAGACUGUCACAGCUUUUGUGGAACCAUUUGUCAUCUUGCUGAUCCUGAUUGCCAAUGCCAUCGUUGGAGUAUGGCAGGAGAGGAAUGCCGAGAAUGCCAUCGAGGCUCUGAAGGAGUACGAGCCGGAGAUGGGCAAGGUGUAUCGGUCCGACAGAAAGGCUGUGCAGAGAAUAAAGGCCAGGGAGAUGGUUCCUGGGGACAUUGCGGAGGUGGCAGUUGGUGACAAAGUCCCUGCCGACAUCCGCAUCAUUUCCAUCAAAUCUACCACUCUUCGUGUGGACCAAUCCAUCCUGACAGGCGAGUCUGUCUCUGUGAUCAAACACACCGACCCCGUCCCGGAUCCCCGUGCUGUCAACCAGGACAAGAAGAACAUGCUGUUUUCGGGCACCAACAUUGGCGCGGGGAAGGCUACUGGCAUCGUCAUCGCCACUGGCGUCAGCACAGAGAUCGGCAAGAUCCGCGACCAGAUGGCGGCCACUGAGCAGGAAAAGACCCCCCUGCAGCAGAAGCUGGACGAGUUCGGGGAGCAGCUGUCCAAGGUCAUUUCCCUCAUCUGCGUGGCUGUCUGGCUCAUCAACAUCGGGCAUUUCAACGACCCCGUCCAUGGCGGCUCCUGGAUCCGCGGUGCCAUCUACUACUUCAAGAUCGCCGUCGCCCUGGCUGUGGCUGCCAUCCCAGAAGGCCUUCCCGCUGUCAUCACAACCUGUUUAGCCCUGGGCACCCGUCGUAUGGCCAAGAAGAACGCCAUUGUUAGAAGCCUGCCCUCUGUGGAGACCCUGGGCUGCACCUCUGUCAUCUGCUCCGACAAGACUGGCACCCUCACCACCAACCAGAUGUCUGUCUGCAAGAUGUUUGUGGUCGAUAAAGUGGAUGGAGAUAUGUGCUCUCUGAACGAUUUCUCGAUCACCGGCUCCACCUAUGCCCCCGAAGGAGAAGUUCAGAAGAAUGAUAAGCCCGUGAAGGCUGGACAGUAUGAUGGUCUCGUUGAGCUGGCUACCAUCUGUGCCCUCUGUAAUGACUCCUCUCUGGAUUUCAACGAGUCCAAAGGUAUCUAUGAGAAGGUGGGUGAGGCCACCGAGGUUGCCCUGACCUGCCUGGUUGAGAAGAUGAAUGUCUUCAACACAGACGUACGCAGCAUCUCCAAGGUGGAGCGAGCAAACGCUUGCAAUGCUGUGAUCAAACAACUCAUGAAGAAGGAGUUCACCCUGGAGUUUUCUCGCGACAGGAAGUCCAUGUCCGUUUAUUGCUCCCCAGCCAAAGCCUCCCGGGCUGCUGUUGGCAACAAAAUGUUCGUUAAGGGUGCCCCUGAGGGUGUUGUUGACCGUUGCAACUACGUCCGUGUGGGCACUACCCGCGUUCCACUUACCCCCAUUGUCAAGGACCACAUCAUGACUGUCAUCAAGGAGUGGGGCACAGGACAGCACACCCUCCGUUGUUUGGCUCUGGCGACUCGUGACACCCCCCCAAAGAGAGAAGACAUGGUUCUCGAGGACUCCACCAAGUUUGCUGAUUAUGAGCUGGACCUGACCUUUGUGGGGUGCGUAGGCAUGUUGGACCCACCCCGCAAAGAGGUGGUGGGCGCCAUCCAGCUGUGCCGUGAAGCUGGCAUCCGCGUCAUCAUGAUCACCGGAGACAACAAAGGCACCGCCAUUGCCAUCUGCCGCCGCAUCGGCAUCUUCACCGAGGAUGAGGAUGUCACCGGCAAGGCCUACACCGGCCGUGAAUUUGACGACUUGCCCUUGGACGAGCAGCGGGAUGCCAUCAGGAAAGCCUGCUGUUUCGCUCGCGUUGAGCCGUCGCACAAGUCAAAGAUUGUGGAGUUCUUGCAGGGUUUCGACGAGAUCACAGCCAUGACCGGUGAUGGUGUGAAUGAUGCCCCAGCCCUCAAGAAGGCCGAGAUUGGUAUUGCCAUGGGCUCCGGCACUGCUGUGGCCAAAAGUGCCUCAGAAAUGGUGCUGGCAGACGACAACUUCUCCACCAUUGUGGCCGCCGUUGAAGAGGGCCGCGCCAUCUACAACAACAUGAAACAGUUUAUCCGCUACCUCAUCUCCUCCAACGUGGGUGAGGUCGUCUGUAUCUUCCUCACAGCUGCUCUGGGUCUCCCUGAAGCCUUGAUCCCCGUGCAGCUGCUGUGGGUGAACCUGGUGACGGACGGGCUCCCAGCCACCGCCUUGGGCUUUAACCCCCCUGACUUGGACAUCAUGAACAAGCCCCCUCGCAGCCCCAAGGAGCCUCUGAUCAGCGGCUGGCUCUUCUUUCGCUAUCUCGCCAUUGGAGGAUACGUGGGAGCUGGCACCGUUGGUGCCGCUGCUUGGUGGUUCAUGUACGCUGAUGAUGGACCUGGAGUGACCUAUCACCAGUUGUCACAUUUCAUGCAAUGCACAGAAGAGAAUCCCGACUUCGAAGGCUUGGACUGUGAAAUCUUUGAGUCUCCCGUCCCAAUGACCAUGGCUUUGUCUGUGCUGGUCACCAUUGAGAUGUGCAAUGCCCUCAACAGUCUAUCAGAAAACCAGUCCUUGGUCCGGAUGCCCCCCUGGGUGAAUUUCUGGCUUCUGGGAUCCAUCUGCCUCUCCAUGUCUCUGCAUUUCUUCAUCCUCUAUGUUGACCCCAUGCCUAUGAUCUUCAAGCUGACGCACUUGGGUGUGCAUCACUGGAUGGUGGUGCUGAAGUUAUCCUUGCCUGUCAUCUUGCUGGAUGAAGUCCUCAAAUUCGUCGCCCGGAACUAUCUGGAGCGGGAUUUAGAAGAAAGGAUGAGAAAGUGAACUUCUGAGUUGCCAUGGAAAUAACCUCUUCAUCCCCAACAGUGAAGAUCACCCCCUCAUCCCUCUGCCAUGUCUGCCGCUCCCUCCUCCACUUCUGUGCCUCUCCCUUAUUUAAUAGCCACACCCUUCCCUGCACACCCUCUGUAACUCCUUUAUCGGGGACUUACCAGUGUGGGCCACGACGCAGGCAUCUGCCAUGCCAUGUUCCCUGCCAGCUGCUUCCUGCCCACCCCACCCCACCACUCCACUCGCUUCUUGGCUUCUGUACAUU